CAAACAGCUGUUUGCCUUAUGGGGCCUGUUCUCAUUUUGGUUCGCUCCUCUUUCUCUCUGUCUCUUUCUGGUUUUUUUUCUCCCCCCUAUUUUUUGCUUCUCUUAAGUCCCCGUUUGGUGCUUAACAGAAUUUAUGACUUUGGAAAGUUGUUUUUUUGUGUGGGUUUUUUUCGGAUGUGUUCAUUAUUUAUGAAGUUUAUUUAACUUUUGAAGUUUUUAAACGAGACCCUGCAUUAAAUUCUAAUGAUCAUUUUUAAUAGCAAGAAUCAGAAUUUUGAUGCAAUCGGGGCAUGCCUUUCGAUUUCGAUUGCAGUUUUUAGAUUUCAUAUAUAUAUAUAUAUAUAUAAUUGUGUUAAUCCGCGUGUGUGCUAACUGGAGCAUUAUUUCUGAUGGGUAAUUAUGAUUUACGCAUACAGUUUAGCUAUUUAUGUAUUUAUUUAUUGCACAAAUCCUUCUAACCUAAACAAAGUCUAUGUUUAUAUAUUCUAGGCCAUUGCUACAAAUGAACAAUUUCUAAUGCAUUCUAUAUAUUCCAUAACUCUAUUCCCUACAUAACUCAUUUUGGUACGCUGACGGGAUAAGCAAGAUUAUUAUUGAAUAUGAAAUCAUGCGUGUUUUUGUUUGUUUGUUGUAUUUAUUUAUUUUAUUAUUUUGAGGGAAAGAAGACAAAUGUGUAAUUGUGGUAACCAGACUCAAUAACAUCUCACACCCUCUAGCACAAAGGUCACUUUUAGAAAGGUGUUAGGCACAGCAUUGCCUCGUUCUUUGUUGUUGUUGGUUUUUUGUUUUGUUUUUUGUUUUUGUUUUUGUUUGUUUGUUUCUUUUUUUUUCUUUUUUUGUGUGUGAAUUAUUUAGGGUUUGAAGUCAAGCGGUUGCUGCUGACCCAACCAUUCGAUUCGAGUACAAGAGGUGACCCGCCUCUGUAUCUGAUUUUACCGAGAUGUGUUUGAUUGCAUAUGUCUUCUUUCUCUUUCCUACCCUUUUCCCAUCCCCUCCGCAUGCCCCUUUUCCCGCAAUAUACGUCAGUUCUUAGGAGCUUUCUGGAAGCCGUUUUCCUCCAUUAAAACUUCAGGGGAAAAUAGGAAAUAUUCCGGUCAGGUUGCAGGGGACCGUUGGAGAGACACCGUCACGUGACCCCCGGUACCAAAUGGUCUUCCGGCAGUGGCUCUCAAUAAGGACCGGAGCACAAGAAGACGCCGCCACUUCUCACAGAGAUGCAGAAAACAACAUACUACGACAACUCCUCAACACUUUUUGGUGGCUACUCAUCCUACCCAGUGCAGGGGGCAGCAGUGGGAGCAGGAGCAGCCGCCAAUGGCUUCGGGGGCUAUGAUGCCCCGGUCCCAGCGUCUCACCACCAGCCGAUCUUCCAGUCGGCUACCCAUCUGGAUGUGGAUUCAUACCAGCGCUCUGCCUGCUCUUUACAGUCACUGGGCAGUAAUGGUGGCCACCAGCAGCAGCAGCUAGCUAAGACCAAGGAGUUGAAUGGCAGCUGCAUGCGGCCCAGUCUGCCACCUGAGCACCACCCUGGCUCCCAAGUGUCCCCUCCACUUCCCCCCAACCCCAGCAACGGUAAUACUGGGGCUCAGCAGCCAGGUGGCAGUACUGGGUCCUCCUCACUCUCUAAAUCAGGCACCAAUAAGUCAUCUACUUCUUCCUCCUCUACAUCAUCUUCCACAUCGUCUUCAUCCUCUUCACUGCCGCCCAACCCAACCCUGGCCAAGCAGAUUUUUCCCUGGAUGAAAGAGUGUCGUCAGACGACUAAGCAGAAAAACUGUUCACCCAGCAACAACUCUGGCAAUGCAUCAGGAGGAGCUGAGAGUGGCAGCAGCGGGGAGAAGAGUCCAACUGGUGGCUCGUCAGCAUCAUCUAAGAGGGCUCGAACAGCAUAUACCAGUGCCCAGCUUGUUGAGCUGGAGAAGGAGUUCCAUUUCAACCGGUACCUGUGCCGGCCACGACGCGUGGAAAUGGCCAACCUGCUCAACCUGUCAGAACGCCAGAUCAAGAUUUGGUUCCAGAACCGACGCAUGAAGUACAAGAAGGACCAGAAGAACAAGGGCCUGAGUUCCAGCUCUGGAGGGCCCUCACCAACAGGCUCUCCUCCUCUGCCCUUGCAGUCUUCUGCCAGCUUUCUCAAUUCAAUGCACCCAAUGGGAGGGGGAGGUGGAGGAGGCAGCACAGGCUAUGACGCGCCAUCUCCACCAUCCUUUGGCAAGCCCCACCAGGGAGUGUCUUACUCCAUGUCCACUGCCUAUUCAAAUGUCCCCAUGAAGGGCUGCCCCCCCCAGCAGAAGUAUGGCACCCCAGAACAAGACUAUGGUGAUCCCCAUCCCCACCACAGCCUAGUGCAGGCUAAUAGUGCUGGCUAUGGGACACCCACCAAUAUACAGGCCAGUCCAGUCUAUGUGGGGGGUGCUAAUUAUGUGGAACCCAUGCCUGGCUCAGGGCCUUCCAUGUAUGGGCUUAACCACCUCGGCCCCACCCCACCCCACCACCAAACCAUGGACUACAAUGGCGCAGGGCCCAUGUCAGCUGCCAACCAGCACCAUGUGGGUGGAGGGGGUCCCCCGGGUCCCUGUGACCCACCUACACACCCGACAUACACCGAACUGUCGGCACACCACACCUCGACUCAGGGCAGAAUCCAGGAAGCACCCAAGCUCACUCACCUGUAGCAGGUUUGGAACAAAAUGACAACAUACAAAAAAGUGAAGACCACAUCGAACAAAUCAUGGCUCACAAACAGACUUACACAUAGGGAGACUAGUGCUGCAGCAGGAUAGCAUGAGAGGCAAAAGAAGACUCACAGGGGCCGUCCAGUGGUUUGUCCUGAGCUCUGAAGUCACAAAGGGGAACAGCCAGUGUUGGGUAGUGUUCUGCCACCGCCCUGUUUUCACUGCCUUCAUAAAGAGCUCCACUAAAUCUGAUUAAGACGAGACCUUUCAGUGCUACCUUGAAACGGCAGGUAAUUUAAUUUUAAAAAGACAGCAGUAUCGAGUAUCACAGAUGAACCCAAACCUUUCAUAUUGUCAAAUAACUUGAUGAAAGGCAUAUCUGCAUAUCCAAUGCUGGAAACAACAGCAGUGUAUUAUAAUGCAAACUCUUUUUUAAAAUAGAUUUUUCAAACUUAUUAAACUAACUAGUAUAAUGUCUAUUGCUCUAACUUUAUGUAACACAAACUUUAAGUAACACAAAUUUUAAACCAUAUUGAAUCAUAUUUGAAUUUGGAUUAAACAUUUAACUUUUACUUUAGUGGUAUAGUCAUUUUAAAAACGAACCCAUCUACACAGUAUUCCACAGCCCCAGGGAAAUGAGGUGUAUUGUAGGGAGAGGUCAGGUGUACAUUCAGUCCCCAUGCUGCUCUUUGCUGCUGCAGACAAUGCAUAUCAAGGAGCUUGUCUUAUGGCAGAGAUACAUUGGCAGCUGUUUAGUAUGACAGGAUCCACGUUGAGCACCGUUGUAUAGUCAUUUGUCAGAUUGAGACUGAAAUGAAAACCACCAUGUUCGCACAGAAAAAAUCAGGAAGAUUUGUUCAAAACAGCAUAAAAAAACCCUAAAAAUUUUGAAUUUAAGACACUUAGCAAUAAGUACAACAUUAUUAAAACUAAUUUAUUUUAUAAUUUAAUAUAAUGCUUUCCCAGACUAUACAGGUCUCCUGAUACUGUAAAAAACUGAGAACUUAGUUAUGUUUCUAUUUUUAGCCUUUCAAGUAGAAAGUGGGGUGAGGAGUGAUUGUGUGUGUAUGUUGGGCACGUGAGCACAGCAAAUUCUGGAGUAGUUUAGCUACUGUGUAUUAAAAGGACUCUUUUGGAGGUAGCAUUUAGUCUAAAAUUGUACUUUGAUACUUAAUAGGACACAUAUAUGAACGCAGCUCUCCCCCUUCUAAAUGAAAUGGUUGAAAUUUUAAUGCCCAGUUAACAAGGUGGUUAGAUUUAUGGUGCUGAGUUCUCUUCCCCUCCAGACAACACAUGUUGUUGUCAGCCAGGUUGAGCUAUGUGGAGGACUCUGUCUCUAUACCAGCUUGCGAGAGAGAGGAAAGAAGGAGACAGAGUGAAAUGGAGAGCAGAAAUAUAUAGCUGGAGCUGGCAGAACACAUCUUCUCCUGCAAAAACCACUCGACGGUCACUGUCCCUUUCUGGCUCCUGCUGUAUAACCAUCUCAGACCCAGUCUUUACUAACCCACUGUCUCUUGUCUAUGGCAGCAGCACAUGGGUUCAGAAGGAGGCAAAACCUCCCACAGUUCCCCAGACUACCCCCCCACCACCACCACCACCACCACCUCCACCCCCUUUCCCAACCACAUACACACACAUCCAUCACACGGACAGCCUACCUAUCGCUCGAACAGGGUUUAAGAAGCUAUGAGCUCAAUUGCUAAAGUACUCAUCGACACACAUCUGUGCUAAGCUACUUUAGCUAAUCACACCUUCAUGCACACACAGCAGUGCUAAGCUAGCAAUGUUUCAUCAACACACCUCCAUAGCCAGGGUACGCCAGCUGUUGACACCUUCAAACAAACACACGAGAGGACAUGGAAGAAACAUUUAAAAUUCCUUAUUUUAGCACAUUAUUGACACAGGGUAAAUGCGAAAGAGCAGAGAAUAUUAUUUAUUUAUGUUGAGGUAUAUCAUUGCUGUCUCUCUCUUUCUCGCUCUCUCUUUCUCUCUCUUUAUCACUUUGGAAGAGUUAACUUACAAUAGAGGACACCGAUGCAUAAAAGUCCACACUUUCUCCUGUGUUGUUUUGUUCUCACAUAUCUUGACUUUUAACAUGGAUACAGGGUAUAUAUUUGAACAAGAAAUGCAUGUCCCAGAAGUCAGAGCUGCUGUGUAAAACACAUUUUUAAAACUACUGGGUUUAUUUGCUUGAACCAUCAGUGAGUGCAUACAGUGCACACAGAGCCUAUGCAGUGUGGAACAAACACAAGCAGUGUGCGCUCGACUCUCUCUAAACUUGCUGAUGUUUAGGAAGUGAAUCCCUGGUUUUGUUUUUAAAAGUGCAUGAUUUACACAAAAGCUUGCCACAUCUGGGCAUCAUUGUUGCACUUAGAGUUUACAUUUUGAUGGUUAAAGGUAAAAAAAAUAAUAAUAAUAAUAAUAAUAAUGAAAUCUUAUUUUGAAGACGAAAGGCCCUCCAAUCAAAGCGUCUUUUGCCAAUGUGUGUUCAAGUGAACAUUCAUAUAAAAUAUUUAUUUGUUAUAGCCAGUUUAAAAAAAGACUUUCUGUUUUGUAUGACUAUUAUUUAUCCUUCAUGUAUUUAUAUCGAGAAAAAAUACUGUACUUUUUUAGUAUUUACCUGUUAUGAAAGAAAAAAAAACAUUGUUUCUUCUUGUCCAUUGUACUAAAGUUACAUUUUUUAGUUCUUGUAUUUUAGAAGAAAAUUAGUAGUUUUUAUGUUCCUAUACUGACCCUUGUACAUAAAUGUCCUGGCUUGUACAGGGGAAAAGGCAAGUGUGGGGAUUGUUGAACCACCCAUGCAUAGUGGGAAAAUAUAGACUAACUAUUAGAUGGAAAAAAGAACAAGUCUUUUUGGAGAAAAAACAAGUUCUUCUUUUGUCCUUUGUAGAUCCUUUUUCUUUCACUGUUGAGAGAGUUGAAUGUUGAACAAUUCUUUAAUAAAAUGUUAUGUUAUUCA